AGUUCAAUAACGAGGGGUAUAAACGUUCUAGCUCUUUUGGCGUGUUUACAAAAAUUUAAAUUUAUUAAUACUGAAGGAAACAAACAUAUUUUAAAUCAAACAACCGUGUUUAUUACAGCAUAAUAUCGUAAGUUAAAUGGCUCUGUUAAAGUUAGCAGAUUUUGGACCUGAUUCUGGUGGCAGAGUGAAGGGAGUCACAGAAGUUAAGCCGAUUGUCUAUGGAAAUGUUUCAAGAGCAUUUGGGAAAAAACGUGAAGAAGAUGGACAUACCCAUCAAUGGACUGUUUAUGUUCGACCAUAUCUCAAUGAAGACAUGCAAACAUAUGUGAAAAAAAUUCAUUUCAAACUACACGAAAGUUAUGAAAGUCCAAAUCGAAUAGUAACAAAGCCGCCAUAUGAGGUUAGUGAAACCGGAUGGGGAGAAUUCGAAGUUGUAAUAAAAAUUUACUUUCAUGAUCCGACAAUUUACAAACCUGUUACAUUCUAUCACAUCUUGAAAUUGUUUCAACCUCCUUCGCCAGACGCUCCUGCAAUUACUAAUCCUGAAGAGAAUGCUGUUCAACCACCGCCUGUUAUUGAUACUAAGAAGCGCUUGGUGUCUGAAUUUUAUGACGAAAUAGUCUUUCAUGAACCUUCUCAAAUGAUGCAACAAAUGUUGAAUACGAUACAAAAUGUCACCAGUGGAUCAUGGACACAUGAUACUGAUUUUGAAGAGAAAAAAGUAAAAUCACUCGAACAUAUUUUGGAGACUCGCAAAAAAGUAAAAGCUGAAAUAGCUCAACUGAAAGAAAAACUUCAACUUACGAGAGAUAAAAUUGCUGAAUAUAAGCAAUUGAAUGCAGGCCAAAAUACCCAACAAUGAACAUUUCCUACUUUUAAAUUUAAACACGAAAUAAAACUUUUUUUCAAAUAAUCUAA